GAACCCCUUCAAAUUAUUAAUGCUUUGAAGAGCGGGCUAUAUCAAAUCAUCAUUGAAUUUGAGCCCUAUCUUUCAGAAUUUAAGUUUUACCAUUAUUAGAACGGGCUUUGAUGGACUCCGCUGACUUCCAACUUUAGCCUUCUCCAAACCGGUUACAGUCAAAUCAACAUCAUGCCUGUAACCACUUUCACUGCCGAUGUUGGAAUCCCUAUAUUCGGACUAGGAUUUACCGCAGGAGAUGAAUUAGUUGUUGGAGGCGGUGGCGGUUCUGGAAGAACGGGAGUCAAGAACAAAGUGGCAAGCUACAAAGUAGAUGUUAGGCGCAAGGAGUUUCGCGAAGACGCAGAAUUCGAGUUUGGAUCUGAGGAAGAUGCACCUAUGUGUCUGGAUGUACAUCCCACAAAAGACGAAUGCGCUGUUGGUGUGAAUGGAACCGACAAGAGUGUUGAAUCUGGUGAUAGCAAGAAUUGUCGUGUCUUCGAUCUGGAUGAUGAUAGUUUCAAGCUCAUCGAGUCUGUCCGAACGAUCAAAAGUAAAAACGUUGAUGAUCAUCAGAAAGUGUGUCGGUACAGCAAGGAUGGACAGUUCUUAGCCACGGGCACCACAGAUGGCAUAUUGACUCUACUGAAAUAUCCUUCUCUUGAACAAGUUAUUCCACCACUUGAAUUUGAAAACGAGGAGAUCUUGGAUGUUGAUUUUGACUUUGACAAUGAAAAGCUACUGGUGGUUACGUCGGGUUUGUUAAGGUUAAUCAGUCUGCGUGGGAAGAGAGCCGGUCGAGAGCUUCAAACUCUUCAAGCUAAUAGUCUGGAUAAGACAGUGAAGUCGGAAUUCCGGGCUGUACGAUAUGGAAAUGGAGUCUCAUCAGACCACGCUUUCGUUGCUCUGAACUCAAAAGCCCGGGACAAGGGUACAAUCAUUAAGUUCAACUCUCACACUUUGGAAAUAGUCAAGUCCAAGAAGAUCAGCGGCAAGCCGUUGACUGCCUUCUGUGUGAGCAAGGACGGCAGUAUCGGUGCUUAUGCCUCAGCUGAUUUAUCUAUUGGAGUCUUCGAUACAAUGAACCUUCAAGUAAGUUAUUUAACAUCCACUAUGAAAAUAAUUGAGCUAGUGAUUUGACUAUUU